CAAAACGCGAAAAGCAUGGCCGACAAGAAGAAGACCGACCUCCUCCGGGCCAACUCGGACUUCAAGCAGCUCGAGAAGAUGCUGGAUGCUAAGGACGCCAAGCGCGACGCCAAGAAGUCGCCGCCAAUGCCGCAGUUGAAGCCCGACCUCGCGGCGGGUAUGGAGAAGCUGUCGCUGACGCCGGAAGAAGACAAGGCGCUUCAGAAGCUAAAGAAGAAGGAAGCCAUGGGUGCGCAGACCUUUGAGAAGAAGCCCAAGCUCUCCAAGGAAGAGCGUCGUCUUCUUCAGGAACAGCAGCGUGCUGCCAAGGCCGGUGGCCCGGCCAAAUCGGCUGGCAAGCCGUCGACAGCGCCGACGCCGCCCACGGCGCGCAUGCAGUACGACGACCCGAAGAAGGUCGCUCGGUACUCGAAGGGCUCGGUCAUCCAGCGCACGCAGGCCCAGAAGCAGGUGACGCUCUUCUCGCAUCUGCCCCAGUACGAACGCGAGAGCUCGCUGUCGCUCAACGUCGGUUUUUCCAAGACGGAGAUCCACCCGGCAAUCCUCUCGCUCGGGCUUAAGUACGCCGAAGGCAAGAUCGCAGGCGGGAACGCGCGCUGCAUUGCGAUGCUCACGGCGUUCCAGGAGGUCAUCAAGGACUACCACGCACCGCCCGACAAGGGUCUACGCCGGGAUCUCGACAAGUCGCUUCGGCCACUCAUCCAGUUCCUCAUCGACUGCCGCCCGCACAGCAUCGGCAUGGGCAACGCCAUUCGCUACGUCCGCAACGUAAUCGCGACCAUUGACGUGACCAAGAACGACGAAGAGGCCAAGGAGCUCAUCAUUGACGAAAUCGACCAGUUUAUCCAGCACCGCAUUCUGCUCGCGAUGAAGGCGGUGACGAAGCUCUCGUGCUCCAAGAUCGUCGACGGCGACGUGAUCUUGACGUACGCGCGCUCGGAGGUGCUCGAGUCGCUCCUCAAGGAGGCCCACGACCUCAAGACCAAGUUCCGCGUCAUCGUGGUCGACUCUCGCCCGCACUUUGAGGGCAAGAAGCUCCUCCGCGCCCUCGCGACCCACGGUCUUCCGUGCUCGUACAUCCACAUCAACGCGCUCUCGUACGUGAUGAAGCAAGUCACCAAGGUGUUUUGGGCGCGUCGGCUUUUAUGAGCAACGGUGCGGCGGUCGCGCGUGUCGGCACGGCGCUCUGUGCGAUGACGGCGCACGAGUUUAACGUCCCGGUCCUCUUUUGCUGCGAGACAUACAAGUUUUCGGACCGCGUGCAAAUGGAUUCGAUCACGCACAACGAACUGCGCGACCCGGACGAGCUCAUCUCGUCGUAUGCGACCGAGACGAACGCCGACCGACUGAACCGACCCAAGUCGCAGCAGGCCGAGGACCACCCGCACGUGCUCGCUGAUUGGCGCGACCUCCCGAACCUCAAGCUCUUGAACUUGAUUUACGACUUGACGCCGAUGGAGUACGUGACGACGGUCGUGACGGAGAUUGGCAUGAUCCCGCCGACGUCGAUCCCGGCCAUCAUCCGCGAGUACCGGAAAGAAACGAGCAACGACGACCAGAUGCCGUAAUCCGAACGUGUAAACUCGAAUAACCAUCGACCGAAAAUUGCAUCGAC